AUGUACACCAACAUCAUCAUAAGCGCGCUGGCCCUGGCCACCACCAUCACAGCAAACCCCACCGCAGUUCGGCAGACCACUGCGGUCAACCCCUUCCCCAUCACGCUGGGCUGGCUGGCCUACGGGCAUGGGCACGAGAUCGUGGCGUGGACGCCGACCCAUACGACGAUGGGAGACGCGUGCAACCCGAACACGAACGCGACGCGCACCACCGUCGUGCAGGCCGACAACAGCGGGUUCCCCUCGAACCCGCUGUGCGGCCACGAGUUCGCACUUGAGGGCGUGACGGGCCUCUCACUGCUGUGCGCUGACAGCGCAGAGAACGGCGAGGCCGCGUCGCAGGUCACGGCCGUGGCCACCAACGGCGAGCAGACGCACGAGUGCACCGACCUGCCGCUCACCAUCUACGGCACGUCGUGCGGCGUGGGCUCUUCCAUCUGGCAGAACUAUGCCUGUCAGUAA